AUGAAGAUCCUAUUGGUCAUCAUGCUCAUAUGUUUCUUAUCACUCUUCUUCUCUGCCCUAAGUGCACCAUCUGCCGAUCACAACUGGUGGUGCAACCAAACCUCAUAUCCUGAGACAUGUAGGUACUAUAUGAGCCAAGGUUCCCCCAAUUUCUCAUCCACACAAAGAACCGAGUUCCUUAAUAUGGCAGUGCAUGUCACCAUGGACCAGGCACUUGUUGCUCUGAAUCACACCAAGUCAUUGGGUUCAAAAUGCCUUAAUGCACGAGAAGAGGCUGCAUGGAGCGACUGCAUUAAGUUUUAUGAGAGCACCAUUCUCCAACUCAACCAAACCCUAAACCUCAACACAAAAUCUACAGCUUUUGACAUACAGACUUGGCUUAGCGCAGCCUUAACAAACCUCCAUACCUGUCGAACUGGUUUCAUUGAGCUAAAUGUCACCAACAACAUUCUACCAGUACUGAUGUCCAACAAUGUGUCUAAGUUAAUAAGUAACACCUUGGAUAUUAACAACCCCUCAACCAUGGAAGAAACUCACCUGGGGGGCUUACCGAGUUGGCUCUCCACUCCUGAUCAAAGGCUUUUGCAAUCAUCAUUGCAACAUUCGGACCUUGUGGUGGCUCAAGAUGGAUCAGGAAAUUUUCGUACCAUUAAAGAGGCUCUUUCAGCUUCACUUAGGAGGAAGGAUUCCAGAAGGUUUGUGAUCCAUAUUAAAAGCGGUGUUUAUCAUGAAUAUAUUGAGGUCACCAUCCAAAUGAAGAAUAUCAUGCUGGUUGGUGAUGGCUUGAGUAACACCAUAAUUAGCGGUAGCCGGAGCCAUGGUGGAGGUUACUCUACCUUCAACUCUGCAACUGCUAAGGUCAUCGGCAAUGGUUUUAUUGCUCGUGGCAUCACGUUCCGUAACUCCGCUGGUCCCCAGAACAGCCAAGCUGUGGCCCUCAUAUCAACCUCUGAUUGUUCUGUCUUCUACAACUGUGGUUUCCAGGGAUACCAGGAUACCCUUUUUGUUCAUUCACAGAGACAAUUCUACCAAAAGUGCCAUAUCUACGGCACAGUAGAUGUUAUUUUUGGGAAUGCUGCUGUAGUUCUGCAAAACUGCAUCAUCCAUGCUAGGAGACCCGUGGCUGGAGGAGGAAUAGUAAUAACAGCCCAAGGGCGGACUGACCCAAAUCAGAACACAGGAAUUUCAAUACAUAAUUGCAGGGUUGUGGCUGAUGAAGACCUUGUACCAGUGCUAAGCCAUCAAAAAGCUUAUCUGGGACGGCCAUGGGAGCAGUAUUCACGUACUGUUUAUCUGCAAACUUUUCUGGACAGCUUGGUCCACCCAGAAGGAUGGAUGGAAUGGAAAAAUGACCACUAUAAAUCGAGAACUUUGUACUAUGGGGAGUAUAAGAACUAUGGCCCAGGAUCUUCAACACAAGCAAGAGUGAAGUGGCCUGGUUAUCAAGUAAUAACAGACUUGAAAGAAGCGGAAAAGUUCAGUGUUGCAAACUUCAUUGGCGGUCAGUCAUGGCUGCCAAACACUGGUGUACCUUUCACUGCUGGUCUACUGCCUUGA